AUGGAUCUCUACCAUGCCUCAGACGGCGGCCUCUUCCGCACACCCACCCCUAUCCAAGACUACCCCAACAUCGAUGCUCUCUACCAGCACGUCGCCGCCGCAACCGCCAUUCCGGACCACCAUAUCCUCCUCUUUCUCGAGGACGGCAGGGAGCUUCAGGGGGGCGUCCUGCACCAACUGCAGAAUGAGCCGGUCACUGGUGCGGAAAGGUUGCCGCUCAAAGUAUAUCUGUACAAUAGAGACACAUUCUGGUCAGACCCCGAGGCGUGGGCGGCACAGUUUCAGGAAGAGCUGCAGCUUCCUCCACCUAUAGACCUGUCGAGUCUGCAGGGUAUACAGCACCCCUUUCUGAUCGCCCACGACCACUUGUCCCACCUUCAAUCUCUAUUCGACGCCCAGUCAUCUGCAUUAUACAUUGCGUAUGCCAACCUGUCGCAACACCUCCAACCAGUGGUCAAUGAAUUCCAGUCAUUCGCCUCCCGCGUGGAGGCAAGCUUCAAGUCGGAAGAGGAACUCAUCAAAAGCUCCAAGCUGGACAUGGCAUUACUACCCAAACUAGCCAUCAAUCCUGUCAUGUUGAAGAAACGGGAGGGAGAGGAGGGGAAAGAGCGGACCAUGGGCGACUAUGUCAAUGGCAAAAAGAUGGAACAAGUGCGGGAAAGCUGUCGCGUGUUGCAUGUGGAGAGUGUCGAGAGGUUUAAUUCAAUAGCAGACAGCUUGGACGAACUUGUCGAGCAAUCGGAGAGCGAGAGCGAGGCGUACGAUACAAGAGCCACUCAAGUGCGGAAUGAGUUUUCCGAUGGACUGGCCCGGCUUGAAGUAGCCCUGGGGCAGUUGGCGCAACUCAUCGAUAGCGGGGCCAGCGAUGUUGAGGAAGGCAAGCCUGUCACGCUCGACCAAGCGAUGCGUGAAGACCUCACCGCCCUGACCACUCUCAAGAACGAAUUCACCCUCGACGUCCACGUCCAUCUCCGCCAAGUCGCUUCCUUGCAAUCCCAAACCCACGACAUGCUCUCGCCCAUUCGUAAACUUGACGCCGACCUGUCCACCCAAAAAGAGAAAUCCGCUUUCCCGCAUCUGCAGAGGCUACAUCAAAUCCCAUUUGCCUAUGCGACGGCUGUGGCAGAAAUGAUCAAGAGGCGGGAUUUCGGGCAAAUGUUGGGUGACUGGACGAAACGUCUGAAAGGCACCUUGGAGACGUUUGUCCAGGUGGAGCACAAAAGAAGGCAGAUGGUGCAGGGCGAAUGGCUCUCGCAGCUGCCUUUCAGUAUACCAGGGCUCGGUGAGAAUCAACCGCCCAGGGUGGAUAUCACUGUCAUUACUGGCUCCGAAGGCAUUUCCAACGUGACACUUGGCUAUGAAGAGAUCGAAAAGCUGGUAGCGUGGCUGGAAAGUAUACAAGAUGAUCCCGAUGUGCGUGCAGUCAUGCAGGAAGGUGAUGAAGAACGGCUCAAGGAUAUGCAAAUCGGUAUCGAGUCGCUCGUCAGUAGGCUUGACACUGCGGGGAUGGAACUGGAUCGGGCCGUAGAACGAGGUGUGCUACAUCCAAAAUCUCUAUCGCAGUCCCGAUCCACCAGUACCUCCCGCACCACUCUCCAUCUCUCCUCCCAACUUCGCGCUACCACCAAAGAACGCGACGAUACCAUCCAGCUUCUCGACACCCAAAAUGUCCUCGUCGAGUCUCUACAAACACGGCAGACCGAGCUUCAGGAUGAGCUUGUCCGGCUGCGGAGCGACUUGGAGGAAGAAGGCCUUGCAAGGCAAGCUUUGAGCCAAGAACUGGAAGAGAGAGAGAAGGAGAAGGAGGAUAAGUCAAAGGAAGAUGAGGACCUGAUCAAGGGACUGCAAGCCGAGCUGGCGCAGGAGAAGGAUCGAGCCACCGAUCUCGGCGUGCGCUUGCAAGAAGCUCUUCUCGACGUCGACGGGCUCCGCAAUGGGGAACGUACCCUACAUGCACAGCUCCACGAGCUUCAAGAAGAGCGAAGCAACGCUCUGCAAGACCAUCAAGCAGCUCAGGCUGUUAUCGCAAACUUCGAGUCUCAGGUAGCUGGUCUCAGAGCUGAGCUCGUAACGACUGUCAAUCAAUUGGAGCAGGCUCGGGAAGAUAGAGAAACGGCACUCAAGCAUCAGACGGCCGAGGCUGAGCGCCUUUUGAGAGACCAAAUCGCCGAGGCCGAUGGAGAUAGAGCUGUGCUCGACCAGCAAACAUUGACGCUCACAAAAGAACUGGAAGAUCUCAAAGUGGACACCCAGAGACGAAUCUCUGCUGCUGAAAACAACUCUAUCCGGCAAAUUGACGGUCUGAAAGCAGAACUCUCUCUUACCAAAGCGCAACUAAAAGAAAAUCAGCGAAAAGAGCUGGCUCUGACAGACGAGCUUGCCGUAGCCAAAGAUUCUCUGAACGCCUCGGUACAAGACAAGAGCAAACUCGGUGAUCAGACGAGGGAAGCUGUGGCACUUGCAGGGAGGUAUUACGAAGCUUGUCAAAGGCUCUUUGAUGCUAUCAAUUCUUCAACGACCAUAUCUGGCACUGCAGCCCAAGGCCGAUCGAGGUCUCCGACUUUCCAUCAGUCGGGGUCUUUGCCAGCUGCAAAGUCUCAAUUUGAGACCUCCUAUGAGACCAAGACAGUGCCCGGGUCUGAUCAGCUCGAAGCAUCCUCCACCUCUGCCGCAUCUUUCGCUACAUCCCCAGCUUCUUCAUUUGACAUCCAAGCUUUCGCCGAUGCCGUCACCAAGACAAUAGGCAUGGCGAAAAAGUGGUCAAAGAGCUGUAGACAGUAUAGGGAUCAAGCGAAGAACAAGAUCAGCUUUACCAACUUUUCCAAGGGCGAUUUGGCGCUGUUCCUGCCUACUAGAAAUACAGCUACCAAGUCCUGGGCUGCUUUCAACAUCUCAGCCCCUCACAACUUCCUCAAGCUGAAUGCGGCGCUGCUAGAGCAAAUCAGAACUCGAGAAUGGAUCAUUGCGAGGAUCAUCAAGAUCGAGGAGGCAGUGGCUACUGGCGGCGAGUCCCUGGACACCAAUCCUUUCGGUCUGGCUGAUGGACUCCGCUACUACACCCAUACCGUAGAAGAGUAUAACCCUCACGCCGCUCGCCCAUCUCGGCGAACACCUUCGGCAAGCUUUGGCGGUAGUCAGAUCAUGACUUCUCCCCAACGCAUGUUGAGUGAGGGUGCAUCCAGUGUUGGUCUAGGCGGCAUGACACCGUUGAAGGUGCAGUCUGGUAUCACCGCUGGUAUGCCGGGCGUGGGUCGCGGGAGGACGCAGAGUGGAUACUUUCCGCCUAUGAAGAGUCUGGAUGAACAGGCGUCUGGCUCGGGAUCCGAAGCGCCUGGAGAGAAUGAAGCUGCAGACAAAGCCGGUUUGUCGUUCUCCACUUCAAGCCCUCGUGGCUCGACAAGCCCUUCUUCUGCGAAACGCGGCUCUCCUUUGUCCUUUGGCCGACCUUUAUCGCCCCUAGCAGAUGGUUCUCUUUCGCCUAAAGUCGGCCCCAUUACCGUACCUGCAUCUGCCACCCGCUUCACAACCUCAGCCCAUUCUCCUGCACAGUCCAACUUUCCCAGCCGAGCUUCUCGAACAAGUCUCACGACGUUCAUCACCGCCCAAGCUACGUCCCCGCCUUCUCAGCCUUCUCAAGGGGAGUCUCAGCAACAUUCGGGGAGGCCGGCGAGCGUGACGAGUACGGCGAGCUCGUAUCCAAAAGGAUUGGGAAUCGGGAUCCCGGGUGGAAAGACGGCACCUUCAAUGGCGGUUACCACUUCGCACGACGGCGAGGAUGCUGCUUCAUCGAAAAGCCCAGGUCUAUCCAAGAGCCCUUCUGUGCUGCCUGAAGCUUCCACUUCGCCCGGCCAUGAAUCUAGACGAAAUCGUCACUCGAGUGCCCGAUCGAAGCGGGCUAGCUUUAGCUUGCUGGGUACAGCGCCUGACAUAGGCACAGGAUCGUCAGGAGGGCCGGUGGCGGCGGAGAGCGGAAAUGGAAAGCCUUCGGAUGGGAGAAAGGGGAGUGUGAGCGCCAUAGAGAUGCUUCGAAGGAUUGACAAGGGCUCAGGCGCAAUCUGA